AUGGAAGGGCUCAUAAAACCCGUCAAGACCACCCGCAAGGUCCAGAACAAUAUCAACAGAUUCGAGAAUCUAUCACUGAAAGACACAUCUUCGUCGAGGCCGGCUAGCUCCAAAUCCAAAGUCUCCAUCCUUGACCUGAGCCCGGUAGAUAGUGACCCAGCAAGUGAUCAAUUCAGUCUUCGUCCCUCGGUCGAUUCGUCUCAUACUUCAGUCUCGGUUCAAUCGAGCCAUAAAGAGCACAAGCGACUUGAUUCCACAGCAUUCCUUCAAAAGUCUUAUCUGGAACAGAGUUCUCCAGCGUCGUUGCCGGACGAUGCUCGCGAGAUACUCAAAAGCCAGCCUGACAACGAAGCCUUGAUUGCAGUGCUGCAAUACCUUCAGUAUGGCACUGAAGGCAAACAUGAUUUUAACGUGCGGCUACCCAGCCCAAAGGCUUCGCAGAUCAUCAACAUUCUUGUCACUGUCACCAUCCCAGACCAAUGGCUGCACUUGAAGGUCCAUAAGCUAUCGAAACAGGAAAUGCAAGUCAAGAAAUUGCUGCUUGGCUGUUUGAAGAGUGUGGCAGGGAUUGGUGCGCUGUUGAUGCAAAUCAGGCAACUGUCGGUCACGAAUUCGGACAAAACAGAUCAUCUGCUCAAAGAUGCGAUCUCUGUUGUCUCAUUACUCCUCACUGGGAACGAGACACUCAAGUAUUUUCUCGCUGACACCAACAAGCUAUUCAACAGUGACAUACAGCGACGCGUGUAUUGGCAAGAAGUGCUAUCUCUUUUGGCAGGCAGCAAAGUCCUUUCAACCAUGGCUCAAGCGUUGACAAGCAUCCAACAGUCUGAUGACAAGGAAGCUAUACCAUUAUGGCUUGGCGACGGAUCAGAGUAUUCGAGAUGGCUUGCGAGAAAUCUAUCAACUGCUGCCAUCAUCUCAUCUUCAGGAGGAGGUCCGGAGAGUUCUCAAAUCAAUAUGCUUUCACAGGUAUUGAAACGCGGCUUGAGCCUGGGGUAUCGUGAUGCUUUGGUAACCGAGCUUUAUACAUCACUGCUUCUGGGUGAGCACGCACUGUGGACUGUAAUGCACGUGCUACUUCAGAGUCUACCCUCUUAUGAUCAGAGCGCGGUUUUCGACACAAUACUCCGUGACCUGGCACGAAGAUUUCUCCACAACAACCUCGACGUUGAGGACCGAGAGACCUUGUCGUUGAGCGUUCCCGCCGUUGGUGGCGUGGCAGCCAUGGUCAGAGGCCUAGUACAGAGCAACAAAGUUCUGCAAGCUCACCUUACUCACUGGUUAACGAGUACGAAUGGGGAAUACGCCGGGCUUGGACUUGGCGUUCGAAGAGCUGUCACAGCCACUCUGUCGUCAGAUCAAGACAAGCUACAAGUCACCCUUGAGAAGAGUUUGGAAGCCUUUGGGAACAAGCUGCAGAUGCAGCAUGAUCCGAUCCUGCAACAGGAGGCAAUCGCUCAAACUAUACUCCUAGCCAUCGGUCACCUCGAUCGCUUGAGCCAUGAAUCAAUCAAGCAAAUAUCAAGUUCAAGUCCCUUUAUCCGGAUGGUCUCCAGCAGGCUUUCCGCAUCUGUGCCACGUGCCCGAUUUCUUGGAAUGGUAGUUGCGUCUGCCAUGUCUAGGCUGGUCGACAAGCCCGGCCAGACCAUCAAUUUUGCGAUAGAAGAAAUGGAGGGAGAAGAAGCCCAACAAUGGCUCGAUCUGCCCACUGUCCAGGACAAAGUCGGAUCUUUGGACGAUCUGGCAAAAACGAUGGCGAUCCAGCCGCGGCCGGCGACACAAAGACCCUCAAAGUCAGCUCGUAGGCGACCGGUGUCAGCCACUCCUCCGUCUCACAGUGCAAAGCUCAUCGCCAUCGAGGAGCUCUCGGCAUCGGAAAAUUCCUCCAAUGAUGAAGACGAUCCCGAGUUACGUCCAUAUGCGCGUCCCGACAGUGAUUCUUUUGAUUCUGAGGAUGACCCUACUCUCAUAAACCGAAACAAACCAACUGUACCGGUCUACAUCACUUCUCUCAUAAAGCUGCUCAACGUCACAGAUGAUCCAUCAACAGUUAAACUCGCCCUGGAGACUGCACCGUCACUGAUAAGACGAAAGGCUGGAUUUGGUGACGAAUUGGCCUCAAACCUUCUGCCUUUAGCAUCAUCUCUCCUGAAUUUGCAAGAAGGAAUGUCACAGCAAGAGUUUCAACAGCUGCGAUUGGAUGCAUUGAUCGCAUUGUUUGUCUCGAAACCCAGUGUCAUGGGUCCCUGGACUGCCAGUGUGUAUUUCGAAACGGACCUUUCUCUGUCUCAACGGGCUGCACUGUUGACCCUGUUGGCCUUGGGUGCCAGAGAAAUAGCUGGGAUUGACGAUGGCCUCGGAAAGGCGGCAACACAGUUCCCCUCAAGCCGCCUCCCUCCUCACCUGGAGUCCAUCUACGCUUCAGAGCAAUCGCCCGUAAAUACGAUCUCGACGACGCUGUCCCACCGCACUCUUCAGCCAAUGGCUCUCUCGGCCGCCGACAAGCUGUCUGGGCCGGACAUCCUCAAAGUUCGAACGUUCUCAUCGCGCAUGGCUGUGGCAGCGAAAGAAGCCGCGAAAUCCGAAGCUCGCUCCAAGCGCGUUCCCAAAGAUUUGCACAAACUACUGUCGGAGUCAAUAUACCUGCCACUCUGUUCAAGAUUGACUCUACUUCUAUCCUCGCAAGCCAGCUCCCCUUACCUCGUCAAUUCGACACUUUUGCACGCUUCAUUAGUAAAGCUAAGCAUCCAGACGCUCAUCGUUCUCGUUUCCACCUUGGGGCCGAAUGCGUUUCAGAUGGCGACUGUAACACGCGAAAGCCUUCUGCUGCUCCUAGCGAUACACGCCAUCCCUACUCUUGCGCACGAUCCGAUUAUUCUCCCUGCGAUCUUGCACUUGCUCCUAACGCUACUCGAGUUGAAUAUGGAAGCCGGCUCAACGGCAGAAGAACGUCUGGUCACAGAUUUUGGUCCUAUGAUUGCUGAGCUCGUCUCUUGGGCUGCCGGUCUUGGGGAGCGAGUAUCGAUACCAGAGGUUCAUGGAGAGGAGGGUUUAGGCAUGGCGACGCCCUGGCCAGUUCUCGUGGCAGGGGUCCAGGUAAAGUGGCAAGAGGUCGGAAGAAAAUUCCAGGGGCGCAUGCUCGGACUUAUGGCGACUACAGAUUUUGACUCAUUCUGA